AACAACAGCAAACAAUGGGAAAAUAUUUGAUCCCUUUAAUGGGAUUUCUGCUGUUAUGUUUAUGUUCAACCAUGGUUGAAUCUAGUGAAUACAUGAGAUACAAAGACCCGAUCCAGCUACUGAAUAAGAGGAUUAAAGACCUUAUGUCUAGAAUGACACUCUUGGAAAAGAUUGGUCAGAUGGCACAGCUUGAUCGAAAGGCUGCAUCCUUUGAGAUUAUGAGAGAUUACUCUAUUGGGAGUUUACUGAGUGGUGGAGGCAGUGUGCCGCGUGCCGAAGCUACCGCUGAAGAAUGGAUUGAUAUGGUGAAUAAUUUUCAGAAUGGUUCUCUUUCUAGUCGCCUUGGAAUCCCGAUGAUCUAUGGGAUUGAUGCUGUUCAUGGCAAUAACAAUGUUUAUAAAGCUACCAUCUUUCCCCAUAAUGUUGGGUUAGGAUGUGCUAGGGACCCUGAACUCGUAAAGAGAAUUGGUUCUGCAACAGCUCUUGAAGUUAGAGCUACAGGAAUUCAAUAUGCUUUUGCCCCAUGUAUCGCGGUUUGUAGAGAUCCGAGAUGGGGUAGAUGUUAUGAGAGUUACAGCGAAAAUCCUAAGAUUGUUCAGGAGAUGACUGAGAUUAUUCUUGGUUUACAAGGGGAUGUUCCUGCGGAUUCUCGAAAAGGAGUUCCUUAUGUUGGUGGAAACAAUAAGGUUGCUGCCUGUGCAAAGCAUUUCGUGGGUGAUGGUGGCACAACAAAGGGUAUAAAUGAGAACAACACGGUGACCGACUGGCAUGGAUUACUCAGUAUUCAUAUGCCUGGUUAUUACAAUUCAAUCAUCAAGGGUGUAUCAACCAUCAUGGUUUCGUACUCAAGCUGGAACGGCGAAAAGAUGCAUGCUAACCGUGACCUUGUUACUAACUUCCUCAAAGACACUCUUAAUUUCAGGGGAUUCGUCAUUUCGGAUUGGCAAGGUAUUGACAGGAUUACUUCACCAGCAGGCACCAACUAUACUUACUCCAUCCAGGCUGGGAUUAAUGCCGGCAUUGACAUGAUCAUGAUUCCAAUGAACCACACUGAUUUUAUCAAUGAUUUAACCUACCUGGUUGAGAAGAACGUAAUCCCCAUGAGCAGGAUUGACGAUGCUGUGAAGAGAAUUCUGAGGGUAAAAUUCAUCAUGGGUCUCUUUGAGAGCCCUAUGGCUGAUUACAGCUUCGUUGACUAUCUUGGAAGCCAGAAACACAGAGAUUUGGCUAGAGAAGCUGCAAGGAAAUCACUUGUGCUAUUGAAAAAUGGGAAAUCUGACAAUGAGCCCUUGUUGCCUCUCCCCAAAGAUGCACCUAAAAUCCUUGUUGCCGGUAGCCACGCUAACAACUUGGGCUUACAGUGCGGUGGUUGGACAAUAGAAUGGCAAGGAAAAGAAGGAAACAACAUCACUGCUGGAACUACUAUCCUCAAUGCAAUAGCGUCUACCGUUGGCCCAGACAUUGAAAUCAUCUACAAAGCAAACCCUGAAGCUGAUUUUGUCAAGUCUAACGACUUCUCGUAUGCUAUUGUUGUUAUUGGCGAGCAACCAUAUGCAGAGACAAUGGGGGACAACCUCAACUUAACAAUUCCUGAACCUGGCUUGAGCACAAUGAAGAACGUUUGUAGCUCUAUCAAAUGUGUUGUUGUUCUCAUCUCCGGACGACCUCUUGUGAUUGAACCUUAUCUAUCAGAUGUUGAUGCUCUUGUAGCUGCAUGGCUCCCAGGAAGUGAAGGUCAGGGUGUGACUGAUGUCUUAUAUGGGGACUACGGAUUUACUGGAAAGCUUUCAAGAACUUGGUUUAAGUCAGUGGAUCAGCUCCCUAUGAACUACAGGGACGAACAUUACGACCCGCUUUUUCCCUUGGGUUUUGGACUUGAAACCAAACCAGCAAAUACAACUGCUUAGAACUUAAUGUUACGCUGUUUCUGAUACUACUCUUCUUAUAUAG